AUGCUUUUAUUAAAAGAAUCGGCUGCCGCCGUCGAGGGGCGUCUCCGCUGCGGAGAGGCGCCCGCCCGUGGCGUCCGCGUCAAGCUGUGGCCCGAUGAGAUGGGUACCCUCGUCGAUAAAACCCUGGAUCAAGCUUGGAGCGACGCUGAGGGGAUGUUCCGAAUUUCUGGCCCUACUUUGGAAGGUUCUACAGGCUCCGAUGUUCCCGGAAUAUUUAAAAUCUACCACGACUGCGGGGACGGGGAAAAGGUCGGUCAGCGUGUCUUCCAGCUUCGAAUCCCUGAAAAAUAUAUAAACCCGGGCAAGGAUGUGGAAAAGGUGUUCAACCUGGGAACGCUGAAUCUGGAGAUUGUGCCUCACAAUGAAGAGAGAAGCGAUCGAGAGGAU